AUGGAUAAUGACAAUGGGGAGCAAUUCCUCCAAAUGGUGCUCCCACUGUUUUCCAAGAGUAGUGUCUGUUUUGCCUUCAUUGAAAAACUCCCUCAAGCUGCUCUUGGCUCCGAUAUAAAAGACAUGCUCGAGAAGGGUGCAAAAAUACGUGAUAUAAUUGUGGACAGCACAGCCAAUGUAUUGGUGGCCAAUGGAGAAUCCUAUUCCAUGGCAUUCUUUAGAUUCUUACCUUAUCUAUUAGAACAAGAAGAUGUGGCUCAUACACCAAUUGGUAAAGUAAUGAUUGCAACAGCUCAGGUGGAGCUCACAUCAUUUGUCUUUCAAAGGAAAUGGAACACAGACUUUUUCCAUGGUGCUCUUACUUUUACAAUUCAGUCGAAUAAUGUCCCUGGAUUUCAACAGUUCCUGAAGCUCCAUCAUUUUCUGAAGCUUGUUUCACUUAACAACAGUGCUGGGGACAAGGUUUCUUUUAAUGAGAAUGGAGAGUUACUAACUGGAUUCAAUCUGAUCAACUGGAUUCUGUUCUCAAACCAAUCUGUUCGAAGAGUGAGAGUUGGGAGGAUGGAAGCCCACGCUUCUCCAGGCCAAGCAUUCACCAUCAGUCCUGAUGCCAUAACUUGGAAUAGCUGGUUCAAUCAGGCACAGCCUGUAUCUCUGUGCAGUGAGAGCUGCAAUCCUGGUUCUAGGAAGAAAGUCAAGGAAGGGGAGCCAUUUUGCUGCUAUGAUUGCAUCCCAUGUCCCAAAGGGAAGAUUUCAGGCAAGAAGGAUAUGCAUUACUGUUAUUCAUGUGAAGAUGGAAAAUACCCAAGCAAGCACCAGGAUUUCUGUAUUCCAAAGUCAGUGAACUUCUUUUCCUAUGAAGAACCUUUGGGCUUCACUUUAACAUCCUUCAUUAUUCUCUUCUGCUUAAUAACGGCUCUGGUGCUAGGAAUCUUUCUGAAACAUCACGAGACGCCCAUCGUCAAAGCCAACAACCGGCAACUCACCUACACUCUCCUUGUCUCCCUCCUGCUCUGCUUACUUUGUGCACUGCUCUUCAUUGGCCGGCCGCACCAGGUGACGUGUCUCCUGCGACAAACUGCUUUUGGCAUCAUCUUCUCAGUGGCAGUUUCCUGCAUACUCACAAAGACGGUCAUGGUGGUUUUAGCCUUCAGAGCCACCAAACCAGGAUGCAAAAUGAGGAAGUGGAUAGGGAAGCGACUGGUCAACACCCUCCUUCUGUCCUGCUGCCUUCUUCAGGCAGCCAUCUGUCUUGCCUGGUUGGCAACUUCUCCUCCUUUUCCAGAUCUUGACAAGCAUUCAGUAGCUGAAGAAAUCAUCCUGGAAUGUAAUGAGGGAUCCAUAACGCUGUUUUACUGUGUCCUGGGCUAUCUGGGCUUCAUGGCUAUGGUCAGCUUCAUGGUGGCUUUCCUUGCCAGGAAACUCCCAGACACUUUCAAUGAGGCCAAGUAUAUCACUUUCAGCAUGUUGGUCUUUUGCAGUGUCUGGUUAUCCUUUGUGCCUUCCUACCUGAGCACCAAAGGGAAAUACUUGGUGACUGUAGAGAUCUUUUCUAUCUUAGCCUCCAGUUCUGGCCUGCUGGUUUGCAACUUCUUCCCCAAAUGCUACAUCAUUUUGCUGAGACCCGAAUUGAACAAGAAAGAACAUCUAGUAAGAAGAAGAGCUUGA